AUGGCGCGGCCUGACACCUUCGCCGGUGCGGCGAUCUAUGUCCCGGUAUUCCUCCGCUACAUCUACGACCCGGUCGUUCUCGGUCUCUAUUGUCCAUACGCGUGGCGAAUCCCGUCGAGUAAGAUGCGAGAGUUCUUCAACGGCCAUAUUGCCAAUGCUGCCUCGCCAUUGCGAUCGCCAAACCUUGUCGGCACGACAAGUAUCCAGCCUGCACCAAGCACAUACUCGCCAUGUCGGAUCUUAGAUAUCGGUGUUGGGACCGGGUACUUCCUCGAGCAUGCGUCCAUUCCAGCAGGAUCGAAGAUUUACCUCGUCGACCUCAACCGGGCCGCGCUCCAGGCCGCCAGGUCACGAGCUAUGGCGGCACACCCAAAGACGACAUGUGAAACGUCAGUAGCCGACUUCCUGGAUCCAGGAGGGAAGGGUUUGCGUUGUGAAGAUCUGGGCGGUGGCUCGUUCGACGCUAUAUCGACAACGAUGCUGCUUCACUGCCUGCCGGGCCCUCCAGUGAGAAAAGCUGACGCCUUGAUCCGUCUACGAUAUCUUCUUGCCCCUGGAGGUACUCUGUUUGGAAUGACAAUCUUGGGCCGCGGCGUUAAGCAUAACAUAUGGGGGAAACAGUUGAUGUUUUGGCAUAACCUAUUGAGGUUGUUUGGAAAUACAGAAGACGAUGUCGAGGGCUUCAUUGGGCCUUUGAGGGCGGUGUUUGAAGAUGUCAUGUGGGAGGUACAUGGCACGAUGCUCUUGUUCGAAGCGAGAAACCCAAAGGUUUGA